UUUGCAGAAAAAGACAAUAGCAUUAGCAGCUUGGCUUGGCAUCCUUACAUUCCACGAUCCCAAGACACGUCACACGCCCUCUCUUUUCCUCACUCUAUAUAUAUAAAUCAAAGCCCUGCAUUAAUCUAAUCCAACUUUAUCUUUAUAUAUACACCCCGAGAGAGAGAGAGAGAGAGAUGGAGUCGAGGCUGCAAAAGAGAAUGAAACUGCUAAGAAAGCUUCGUAUUCUGAGAACACGACUUACCAACUCCAGAUCUUUGAAGAUGAAAAAGACCUCCAUCGUCACGGAUGCUUUUUUCCAUAUCUAUAAACUCAAACUCAAGCUCGAAGCCAUCAAAAGAGAGUAUCUUUACCUAUUGCAGCAUAUUCCGGAGGUGAAAGUAGAGAAAGUCGGGAAGAAUUUUGUGGUGAAAGUGACUUGCAAGAAAGGAAAAGACGCUCUGGUCUCAAUCUUGGAGAGCUUUGAGGAAACUGGACUUAAUGUUGUGCAAGCAAGGGUAUCGUCCAGGGCUUUUCUAUGCGUUGAAGCCAUUGUUGAGGCUCAAGACCAAGGCAUUGGUGCUAGAGAUAUCACAGAGGCUGUUCAAAAGGCCCUUGGCACGCCAGCUGGAGAGGGGAUAGAAAAUACUAAAAUACCAUGAUUUUUUAUUUUCCCAGGUGUGAACGCGGAGAACUGUAAACUUAGAUGGAGCACUUUAAUAUUAUGAACUUGUUUAAGUUA